CGCUCCUCUGCGGACCGACAGGAGCGCCCGAGAACUGGCGGACACGCGCUCCGACACCGGUCUGCUGGGCGCGAGUGACCCGCGGGGGAUCCCACUUUGACGACCAGACACGGGCUCGCGCUGGCAGGAAAGGUGGAAGUAAACUACAUUCAUUGACUUGAGAGCGAUGCACUGGCAGCAUGGCCAAGUGGUUCAAGGAGCACCUAGGAUUCAAAACUACCAAAGCACCCCCUCCGGCGCCUCCGAAACCGGACUACAGACACUGUCACACCGGUGUGCCCGGUGCGCCUGGCUACCAACAAACAAGCUCCGGGGCCACCUUCCCGAGCCCCGCUCAGCCGGACAUCCUCGCUGCUUACAAACUACAAAAGGAGCUGGACUUCGAGGACCCGUACACUCCAGGUGGAAAUAUUUCAUUCGGCCCGAGCUCGAACACUGUGGGGUCGCCGGAUAUCAAGUAUGUGUCACCGAAACACCGACUUAUCAAGGUGGAAACAAUCGAAAAGAGCAGCCCAGCUCCAGGCGGCGGUGUCACAGUCACCCAAGCUGUUGCUGUAGGGAGUGUUAAAUCUCCGACCUCACCUCCCUCGGACCACGACAACAAGGAGAAGCUCAUUAUCCUUGAAGACUACGCGGACCCUUUUGACGCCGAGCAGGCUGGUGGCACCCAGACCAGUACGGAGAAAGUGACAACCGAGAAUGAUGGCUACAUGGAGCCGUAUGAGGCCCAGAAGAUGAUGGCAGAAAUACGAUCUGGUGGACGAGGACCUAAGGAUGGAUCGGUGAGGCAGCUGCCCCUGUACGACACGCCGUAUGAGCCAGCCGAAAACGGCGGAGACUCUGACCCUGAGCGCUUGCGCUGCCCCAGGGAAAGCCGACUCCCCCAGGAUGACGAGCGACCCCCUGAAGAGUAUGACCAGCCCUGGGAGUGGAAGAAAGAGAGGAUUUCCAAAGCCUUUGCAGCUCUGCUUUGUUAUGACUGCAUUAGCUACGAGGGCUCUUUAAGUGGCACUGGAUCAGGUCCCCACGGAGGAAAGGACUGCACUUCUAAAUCCCUCACAGUAGAGAUUAAAGUGAUCAAGGACCUACCGUGGCCCCCUCCUGUCGGGCAGCUCAACACCAGCCCUCCCGUGGUGGAGGAGCUGGAGUCUCCCUCCCAGACAGCUCAGCCCUCGCCAGGACAGACAAGCUGUGACCAGCACCACCAUGUCCAGUUUGAUGGUGUGGAGAAGUCUCGAAUGUCGCCGACCAAGGAGGGGAAAACCCGGCCACUGCAGCGACACUCCAGUGGCUGUCUGGUCAACACCAAAAUGACUUCACUGGACCACUGCACCUCCUCUCUCGGGGAGCGUAUUGACCCCACCAUGCCUCUGGAAAGCCAGUUCUGGUACCACGGAGCGAUCAGCCGAACAGAUGCAGAGUCUCUGCUCAGGCUGUGUAAGGAGGCCAGCUAUCUGGUGAGAAACAGCGAGACCAGCAAGAACGACUACUCCCUCUCCCUAAAGAGCAGCCAGGGCUUCAUGCACAUGAAGCUGUCGCGGACUAAGGAGAACAAGUACAUCCUGGGCCAGAACAGCUGCCCUUUUGACAGUGUGCCUGAGAUCAUCCAUUUCUACUCCAGCCGCAAGCUGCCCAUCAAGGGUGCCGAACACAUGUCCCUGCUCUACCCUGUAGCCAUCAGGACACUAUAGUGCUCUGGGUCACCUGCAGGCGAUGGCCCCUGCAGUACUCACUGGGCCACCCUGUGGCUCCACCCAUCCUGUCCUCUCUGGACAGAGCCCAGUCGGCUCAUGGGAAGAUGAACAGUGGCAUCCCAAAACUGCUGAUCCUGACUCACCUCACUGGCUGACAGAUUCCAGACCUGCUUUGAAGGCCUACUGCAUACUAUCUUAUACAUACUGACUCAAUGUUGCAGAAGUCUUUAUUAUUUUAUUUUAUUUUAUUUUAUUUUAUUUAUGACACCCACUUCAUUACAUCGCAAACUGAUUCUCUGAUGAAUAUCAUUUCAGUUAUUCUUGAGCUGAUUUCCCUUAGCACUUAACACUCAAAGAAAAAGAAAGGUACAACAUUGUAACAUUUAUCACUGGGGUGUACCUUUUCUCAUAAAUUUGGAACCUUUUUCCUAAGAGUGCACAAAAUUGAAUGAAAAUUGUGUAUGAACAAGUUUUGCUCAUUUGGUUUAGGCUCUGUUGAUACUGUAAUUGUUUGUGAGGGGACUUGAAGAUUGUAAGAGCUGUGUAAGGGAAGCGACAUUUAUGAGGCACGUUGAGGGAUAUUGUCCACAUGGGCCCCAUACAGUGGCCAGGAUAUUGAAUAAACUAGCCUUGUAUGAAUGGUAUGUCCCCAGCUGCGCGGAAAUAACAGGCCUGUGAACAGUGCAGACUGAUCUCUCUAUCUUGUCAUAGCUCAUGCUGUCUGCUAUCCAUCACUGAGUGGGAGUAUCACACCAAUGACAGUGUAAGUACCAUUGUGGUGAGACUGGCAGGAAAGCAUGAUGGAUGGGUCAACCCAUCUGACACAGUACAAUUGGCUGAGGCUGGAGACCAGAGCCUGUCCAAAUGGACCAAAUUAGCCUCGCUACCCCUGCUUAGGAUGGCUUUGCAUCGGGAGAAUGAAAUAUGCCUGCAUUGUCUACCUCAGAAAAUCAAUUUCAUUCGCCCAUCUGCAGAUCAAUAGGUACAAUGGGAUUGCAGACAUCGAUCUGCCUUCCCUUCGACAUUCCCAAUUCCCCUUAAAAAUUGCGUCAUUGGUUUUUAGGAAUAUGUUUUUUAAAUAUGGUUAAUCCAAGAUUUCUUUUUUUAUGAAAACACAAGCAGAUUUUCCAGAUCAGCAAUUGUAUGUAUAGUCACUAAUAUGAUACAGUGUGAUGUCAGUAACAAAUGUUUGGUUAAUGCCUUAUAAUGCAUGGGUCAAAUCAGUCCGCUAGAUCAGCUGAUUUCCAAUUCCGCUUUUAACGAUUGUUCUGUGACUGUAAUUUAUUCUGGGGUAAUUAUUACUGAUGUGUUACUCCUUUGUGAUGGCCCGUCGGCCCCCUCGCCCUCAUUGUUCUGUGCCGAUGUGAUCGUGUUUUUUGGAACUACUUCAGCCUCUUUUACUGUGGUGCUUUUGCAAUUUUUGUUGUUUCAAGUUCUGCUAAAUGCACGUUUGCCUCGGUGGCCUGACUCUGGGACACGAGUCGCGGCGUCUCCUGACCAACGGGAUUGUCAAGCCUGGCGUGAGAGACGCAUCCCCCCUGCCCCCCCUCCCAAUCACUGUGCAGCCUGUUCGAACCGGAUAAACACCUACCUAGUCAUACUUCCACUUUGCAUUAAAAUUUCUCUGUCAUCUAACCUUUACUACCAGAUGUGCAUAUAUGUGUGAGUGUGAGUGAGUAUAUAUGUGUAUGAGAAGGUGUGUGCAGACUUUUUUUUUUUUUUUUACCCUGCUGGUACAAACUGGUGACAGCCCUUGCUUGAACCUCUUUGGUUGUCAGCAGCUUUUUUUUUUCUCCCCUGAAGUCAAGAAACCAGAAUUCAGCCUUAUGACUCACUAAUUUUCAUUUCUUUAUUUAACCACAUUUGAUUUUAGCAACUCAUAGUAGUGACAAGUCUGCCUCGGGGCCUGCUCUCUGCUGUUUAUUGUAACAAACCCAAUAAUAUUUCAGCCCACAGCGUGUAAUAUUGCUGACCAAGGUUUUUGGCAGCAGUAUCCACGCCAUGAACUGGCACCAAUGAGAGUGCCUAAUGCUUGUGUGAUCUAAUUGCCUCUUCAGAAAAAACGUUGUCACUCUUGUGCGUUACAAAAAUCUGUGGUUUAAUGGGAAAAUCCAAGUAAAAAUGGAAAUUUUUGGGGGUGGGGGCAUUGGUCCAAGCUGAAAAUGACUGACACUAGGAAUACAAAACUGACUUGAGCGAGCAUCACCACUGUGUAUACAAAGUCAAACACAUUUUGGCUUUGACUAUAUCUCCACUGUGUGCUAUGCAACUAUGAACUGCAGUCAUUGAAGGGGAAAUGAUUGUGUGCCUCCACCAAAUGCUUGUAACAAAUGUGAUGGUACAAAAUGUCCACCAGGAAGAGAUUUAAUCAGCAGAAUGACCUGAUUAGUAAAUAGAAUAGUUUGCAGAAAGUGGGACGUAUACAGACGUUUAUUUUGUUGGUCCGGGAAGUGAGCUGACAGAAGUCGCUGUCAUCAGAUUAGUAUGUCAUAUGAGGGUGUCUGUAUGUGAUAUGGCAACCUCUGCAGCUUUAAUAGGGAAUAGCAUGUUGUUGAAGUGGAACUAUGAUAGCCUAAGAAGAAAUGCAAAUUAAGUAUAUGUAUAAUGUAUCUUUUAUGUUCCGAAUGUUCCCUGUUUAAGAGAUCAAAUAUUGACAGUAGAGGCUCUUUAUUUAGUUACUGCUGCUGAUGAGUAUUACUCUACUACAGGAAAGAGCCUGCGUAUGAUGGCCGGACUGCCUGGAGAGAGGCCUUAGCUUUGGAGAAAGGGAAAAUGGGAAUAAGGGGGAGACACAGGGGAGGGUGUUCUGACGGGGUGAGGGAUUUGCUGCAAUCAGCAGACACGCUCUCCACAUUUGUAUAUUUCUAUUAUGAGAACCUGAAAGAGCCCUUCUCCUCCCUCAGAAGUGUCUUAAAGCGCGCGUGUGUGUGUGUACACACAAUUGUGCAUGCAUGAAACGUGUUCGUGUGGGUGUGUGUGCGUGUGUGUACUGGUGUAAGCAACCAUCAGCCAUUGACUUGCCCUGUGUGUAUCUUCUGUAUCACUUUACUAUGGUAAAGUGGCAUGUAUGAGUUUCCUUUGUAUUUUUGUGCCACGUAUGUAUGCACUACUAUAACAUAUCUCUGUACAGUCCCUCAUGGCCAAAUGUAUAUACUGAAUGUAUUGUAUGGGGACAUAGAGGCAUCAAGGUUCAAAAUAAAUAAAAUUGGGUUUAUGAGUUAA